GAAUUUAGGGCUGCGUUCUAGAUAUAGGAAAGGGGCAGCAGCCGCUACCACGUGACACCUCGCCGUCCAAUAGCGUCUCUUCCUUCGCGUUUUAAUAGCGUGACGCCGCGGAGAAGCAAAAACGGUUCCUCAGCGAUUUGCGGUGGCGCUUCACUCAUGGGUCUCGCCCUCCGGUUGCUACUGCAGCGUUAGGCCACAUUAAGCAGGUUUGUAGACGUCAAGACGCCAGUUCCCUUCCCCCUCCCUCUUAAGCCCACAUAACACGCGCGAGAGGAAGGGAGGCGGGGGGGGGAGGGGUGACAGCGCAAGGACCUUCGGGAGUUGUAGUCUCAAGGAGCGCGGUGGCUGCUGGGUAUUGCAGUCUGAGCUUGGAGAUAAAGCUCAUGCACAUGCGUGUUGCCUACUAGACAAGGCUACGCUGCUUGAAGACUUUUUGUGUCGAUCGCCGCCUAGCGGUUGUUGUUAUCAAUGCUAUAUUGUCUUUAAUUGCCGACGUUUUUCUGAGCUUUGCGGCCAAAUUGGGUACGGAGGGAGGAAAACGCCUGGCUCCGAAGCUGUAAAUGGAAGUAUAAAUGGAAAUAAAUCAUCCGUGGCGGGUGUAUCCGCCGCACGCCUUUCAAAUAAUGUAUUUGUGUAACUCCCGUUUACACACGCGCUACAUCUUGCAGUCGUGAUAUUCUUUGAAAACAUACCUAUUCAAAGAAGCAGGGAUAUUUUAAACAGUGCAUUUAACCUGGUAGAUUUCUGCAGUUUGAUUGUUAAGAGUGCUGUGUAGCAUGGGUGAAAUUUUAUAUUCACCUUUGCCGUGAGGAGCUAAACUAAAUCGAUAAAGGGUCUCAGGUUUCUCUGCUCACGUUUCAAAAAAUGGGCAUUCUCUAUGAGCUACUCCUGUUAGACACUUGUAAUUUACAGUACAGCAAAGUUGUGGCUCAGUUAUAGCUAUAUAACCACUCUAGCCAAUUACUCUAAAAAUGUACUGCAAAAACAGCAGGAGGCAGUGAAUCCUCGGUCAUAAUGCCCAUUAAUUCCAGUGGUCUACUCUUGAGUAACACAGGAUACAAAUGACCGUGAGUAUGACUCGCAUAGGAUAUCAUAGAGCCCCAUCCAGGCUGUACUUCAUGAAUGCUGUUAGCUGCCCACAGCUGUCUGCUUGUAGUAAAGCUGCCAGAAAGAAGGGGAAGUGAUUAGAUUAGGACAGCUCCUCACCCCAAAACAGCACACACAGGAGUGGGUGAUGAUGAUCUAAUGAGAGACUGGAUUAUGGCCAUGAUAUAUUUUUCUAAGUUACUUGACUUGACUUGAUUUUUUUUUUUAAAUAAUUGUGCCCAUUAUAUUAUUAUAGCUCAGUUGGUAUAGCAUUUGACUCCUAAUCUCAGGGUCUUGGGUUCGAGUGCCACGUUGGGCAAAAGAUCCCAGCAUUGCAGGGGGUUGAACUAGAUGACCUCCCAAUUCUACAAUUCUGGGAUUAUCACAAUGUAUGUUUUAAGCUUUAUAUGAUUUCAGUGGCAACUUAAUACUCCUCCCCACUUCCUAUCUUAUUCCAUAGAUUUCUAAAAAGCUUUAUAAAUUGGGAAGGAUUCUUGUGUGUUUCACAUUAUAUAAAUCCCACAUGUGGUGUUUUUUCUUUUUUUUACAUUUUAAUAAGUAUGUAAUAAACCACACUUGCAUGAUUUUUGGCUUCUAAGCCAUCUGGCUUAUUUUAAGUUAAAGUUAGAUAUUAGGCAGAGAACAACUUUUUAAAAUGUGCAUACUGAAGAUGUGCAAGUGAGAAGAACCCAUUUUCUUUCAGGUGGUUGCCCCAGAGAGGGGUAAGAUCUAGUUAUUAACAUACAGUAAGGAUUGUCAUUACAUCACAGUGGAGUUGGCACCUUCAACCACUACUAGGUGGUUCUCUCCCCUCCCUCUUCACAUUUCUGUAUUCUGAGUACAAUACUUCUGUGGAUGCUGUGCCAGUAUGUUUACUUCCAGGCAGUUCUUUCCUUGUUCAUCACAAAUCUCAGAGUGUUCCCAGCUAAGAGUUUGCUUGGCAGUAGGAAGGGUGAGUCACAGGAAGAAUGAAAGCUGGGAAACACAAGUUAAUCGAAUUUGCUAUAGACAUUGGCGAGUGUCCACAGCUGGCCUUCUCCCAUUGCAGCUGAAAUCCUUUUACACUCUCUCCGUACUGAGAGUUUUUAUGGCCAAUUUACACAGACACUGCUACGAGUGUCGGCUACACUACUGCUACACACCUGUAUGAGCAAUCAGAUUCCACUUGCUUGUGGCUGAAUAAGGAUUGUAUCAGUGUGCUGGGAACUGCAUAGAUUAAAUAUUCUAAAACUUCUGUGAUAGCACGAAGCCCAUUCAUCUCACUGGGAUUAUGUCUGCAAAAGAUGUGGGGUUCUGAUGUUGCUUGGGGCAGUAUUGUUUCACUGGAAUGAAUGGAGGCCUUUUGCAGCCUGAUCCUAUGUAUGCCUGUUUGUCUGAGAGUGAGUUCUCAAACAAAGUUCAGUUGUACUGUUUAUACACCACUUUGACUUGUACAAGACUGGCACACUUGUCUAGUAUUGGAUUUAUAGUUGGCCUCUAUUCAUUGUUAGGGACGCGGGUGCCGCUAUGGGUUAAACCACAGAGCCUAGGACUUGCCAAUCAGAAGGUCGGUGGUUCGAAUCCCCGCGAUGGGGUGAGCUCCCGUUGCUCGGCCCCUGCUCCUACCAACCUAGCAGUUCGAAAGCACGUCAACGUGCAAGUAGAUAAAUAGGUAUUCAUUAGUAACAAUGAAUAGGUAAAGGUAAAGGGAUCCCUGACCAUUAGGGAUCUGGUUCCGUGUGCUGCUCUGGUUUACUAGAAGCGGCUUAGUUAUGCUGGCCACAUGACCCGGAAGCUGUACGCCGGCUCCCUUGGCCAAUAAAGCAAGAUGAGCGCCGCAACCCCAGAGUCGGUCAUGACUGGACCUAAUGGUCAGGGAUCCCUUUACCUUUACCUAUUCAUAGUUACUAAUGAAUUUAGGAAACAGGAUGUUUUAUCAGAAAAAUAAAGCACUGGGGGGGGGUGCGGUGGAAAUUCACCCUAGAUCAUGGGCAACAGUAGCUGCCCGAGUGGCUGGGGAAACCCAGUCAGGUGGGCGGGAUACAAAUAAAUAAUUCUUAUUUGGGAUGGCAGUCCCAUUUGUGUUUCACAAGCUGGUCUCCAACUGUAAUAAUAAAUUGUUGUUGUUGUUAGGCCUAAGACAUGAGUAAUAUUAUCAUCAUUGCGACCCAGCGUUCCUGGAGGAGGCAGGUUUAGGGCUACUUCUUUAUUUUAAAAACCAUGUUUUUAUUUAUUUUUCAUGGUACAGAAGAUAGAUGUUGUUACGACAGUAAACAACAAACAACUUGUCAUGAUAAAAUUGCAGACUUUGGUCAUGCUCCGUAAUAAAGUUUCAUUACAGUACUCUAAAAUAUCUAGUUGCUUUAGGUUAGGGGUUACUUUUAAGGUGAACAAGUGAUUAUCUAAAACGUCCUUAUCAAUUCAGUGCAGCCUGGUUCUUAACUUUCCUAUCUGCUCAGGCAGGAUGCAUCUUCUCCCAAGUCACGUCACUGUGUGAAGGCUCUACGAAAACAUCUUUCCCAGUAAAGAACUUCUCUAUAUAAAGGCAUACGUGGUGAAUAUGACCUUUGGAAGCUAAUGAUUCAGAACUUUCACCCACCUCUUACAAUCUUCCUUCUAUAUUUCUGUGAUAAUACAACUUCUGUGUCGUUUGCCGUACUACUGCCCUAGAGGAUCACCAUUCAGAUUUCCCUGGGAAUGUGAAUCUGCCACUUUCCACACAGGUACCAUUCUUAACAAUAGUUUUUAAAUACAGUGCCUCUGACUUUUCAUUUAAAGGUGUUUCUGAUUGUGAAAUAUAAUUAAAGUAGAUUCAGAAAGUAUCUUGUUUUCUUGCUUUCAUAUGUAGUGUUUUGAACUAUUUUGUACAACGUCUUCCAUUGCGAAAGUUUAAGAUAUUGCCUGUAAUUAUAUGUAUUCUUUCAUCGUGUGCUGCUAAGUAUUUCCUUUUAUCUUAUUCUACAAUUCUAUGCAUGCCUAAUGCAGUGAAUUUACAUUGAACUCACUGGGGCUCAUUUAGUGUUGGUUUGUAAGCUGGAAAGUAUUAUAAGCUAAGACCGAAGAUGAGACACAGUGACUGCAGAUCUGACAGUUAUGCAAUUUACUCCGCUGUCUCUUAGAUUGCAGCUUUAAGCACUCAGAAAAUCUUUAAACCCUUUAUCUGUUCUGGCUCUCAAAACACAUUUUUGUGCAACAUGUUUUUUAAAAAAACAACCCAAGAACUGUGUAUUAUACAACAAAAUUAACAGCUGUCACUGAUGGCAAAAUGAAUGUGAAUUUUUUCCUCCAGUUCAGGUUGUCCUAUAUGCUUUAUAUCUUAGUUUUUGGCUGCCACUGCAUCCUCAGAAGAACUUGUGACAAGUUGUAAAAUCAAGGUUUUUGCAUACCUUUGAACAAAUAAUACCCUGUUGUCACAGAAUGAAAACGGACAGCAUUUCAGAAAAGAAAAAUGUUCAUACACACAAAACCUCCACCCUUUACUUUAGCUUUUGAUUAACAUUCUGCUAUUGCUGUGGAAAGUUGUUGCUAUGUUGGUGCCAUGAACAAGGGCUAGUUGUUUCAAUAUACUGGCCAUCAGAUGAGGCCUUUUAAAGAGUUGAUCCUUGUGACGCUGUCCUUAUGGGAUAAGCCAUUUGCAUUCAACAACUUGCCACAUAGAUCAGAUAACCUUAAAAAAUUUCACACCACCAUACGUGGGUAAAAGAUAGGGUGAAAAUCGUCCAGUUCACAGAAUAGAUUGCCACACACAUGAAUGGAUGAAUCCCUCUUUUAAAAAUACGUAGUCCACAGUAAAUUUCAGAAAGGUUUUCAAAUGCCAAACAGGAUGUACUACUCCUGUUUUAUUUUUAUUCAGCCUUUCCAUAUCAUACUUGAAAUAGGAGGAUACCAUUUGAUCCACAUAAAAUAAAUACAGUGGUACCUCAGUUUAAGAACAGCCCUGUUUACGAACUAUUCGGUUUACGAACUCCACAAAACCGGAAGUAGUGUCCCAGUUUGCAAACUUUACCUUGGUCUAAGGACGGAAGCCGAAUGGUGGAAGGGCACUGGCAGCCAGAGGCCUCACUAGGGAAAGCGCGCCUCGGUUUAAGAACAGUUUGGGUUUAAGAACAGACUUCCGGAACGGAUUAAGUUCGUAAACUGAGGUACCACUGUAUAUCGUUUGUUUGCAGUGAAAGUUCUUUGUGCACCAGCCUACUGUUCAGCUAUAAAUGGGGGCCAGUAAUGGUAGUGAUUUUCUUUCCUCAACAUGGUUAUUUCUGACAGUCAUAUUAAUAUAGUGCAUUUUCUCUUGCUUUCAGAAUAUGAAUGAGGACAGCUCUGUUGAAAAGUCUAAAAAGAAGGAAGACAGAAAUCCAGUUUGUGUUGGCAGAGAAGAUGAUAUUAAAAAACUACGAAGGACAACAGUGGUCAUCCAUGACAGAGAAGUUGUUGUUUUCUAUCACGAUGGAAGGUUUUAUGCUCUGGAUUGCCGCUGUUACCGUAAGAAUUUUUCCGAAGAUAGUGUUUUUGGAACAACUUUAAACGUUAGCUAGUUUGAGCCUCUGCUCUAAUUUUGUAUUCUGUUCUUUUAACAGAUACAGGAGGUCCCUUACAUGAAGGAGAUAUAGAGGUAUGCAAAUACAGUACUUCCUCAUUCAGAACCUUCUGAUAAAUAAGAAUCCUAUUAACACAAUGCGACAGUAAUGCAGUACUACUGUGCAUAUACAGGUUGAGUCUUUUAAAAGAGGCCCCAUGGAACAUGUGUACAGUGGUACCUUGGGUUACAUGCGCUUCAUGUUACAGACUCCGCUAACCCAGAAAUAGUACAUCAGGUUAAGAACUUUGCUUCAGGAUGAGAACAGAAAUCCUGCUUCGGCAGCGCAGUGGCAGAGGGAGGCCCCAUUUGCUAAAGUGGGGCUUCAGGUUAAGAACAGUUUGAGGUUAACAACAGACCUCCAGAACGAAUUAAGUUCUUAACCAGAGGUACUACUGUACAGGCCUCUCUAUCCUCACUUCAGCACUGCCAACUGAAAAAAAGAGUGAUACUGCUUUUUUAUUUAGGGAGUGAUAGUUCUGAAUUUAAAAAGGCACAUCCAAGAAACAAAAGUGACAUCUGAGGGUCAGGGGUGCCUUUACAUUUAUUGGGUACAAGGGAGCAUUAUUAUUCAUUUUCUUUAUCUAUUGCCAAAAGUAGUGUUUGGAUGCUUCCUCUGCUUGGUGAUUCCUUAAUAGUCAACUCUGAAGAUACUUGGUGUGUGGAGGAAGUUGCAGAGUCGUUUGCCAUUUCCUUGACUCUGGGAAAUCCAUCUGCAUCGAGACCAUCGCUGCUGCUUUCCCUGGAGCUCUUUUUUGUUUCAGUUAUGCUUUUAAUUCUUUCCAGUGCUUUAUUAAUGGAGACUGCCUGUAUACACAUAAGAGGUACAUUUUUUAGCAUAAAGAAACGGAAAGGUUUGGAAUCCUCUGCAUUUCUGCCUAACUUUAAGAGAUACAGUUUUGCAGUAUAGCCGCACUUGGUUAGGAUGCAUUACUUGUAUCAAUACAGUCGUACCUUGGUUUGUGAACGCCUUGCGAGUCGAAUGUUUUGGCACCCAAACAACGCAAACUUGGGAGUGAGUGUUCCAGUUUGCGAACGUUCUUUGGAACCCGAACAUCCGACGCGGCUUCUGAUUGGCUGCAGAAGUUUCCUACAGCCAAUCGGAAACCGUGCCUUGGUUUCCGAACGUUUUGGAAGUCGAACGGGCUUCCGGAACGGAUUCCAUUUGACUUCCGAGGUACCGCUGUAUAUCAAAUGCCUGGGGGAAAGGAUGGAAUCAUGAUGGGGAUGAGGUGAGCAGAUCACACUUUGAAAAUUUCCGGACUGGUUUCAGUCUAAAAUGCUGUGUGUGUGUGUAUAUGUGUGUGUGUUGUCCUAUCCCUUCAACCAUCCCAUCAAGGAAUGCUGCAUGUGGUCAACACUUUUUCUCAUGAACACUUUUAAUAAAUGCUGGCAUAUUGACAGUUGCAUGAUCAUCCUCUUGAGGUUUAAAGAUGAGUGACCCUUGAUCCUGCUUUAAUGCCAGUGGCAGUUUCUGGACUGUCUUGAAUAGCUGCCCUUUGCAGAGUGCAAUAGCAACAGCCUAAAUUACAGGUUACCCGUAUAUAUGCUACUGUAGGUAGGCAAUGUUGGUCGAGAAAAGGUCACACAUAGCAAGCCAGCUAAGCUGGGCAUUGGGAAUGUGCACUAAAAGGGUGCACAGUAAUUGAGGAAUAAUGUAUGGCUUCAAUUCUUUGCUGAAGGGAAGGGGAAGCACGAAACAAGAAGGAUCAGAAAGAACAUUAUUAACCUACCAAAUAAAUUAGUGCUGCAUAAGAAAUGCUCAUUACACCAGUGAGGGCGGUCUUCAUUGGAUAGGAAAGGACAUCAUAAAGGAACAUGGAUUUUUCCUGUAGAGAAGAAGAAGAGUUUGGACUUGAUAUCCUGCCUUUCAUUCCCCUUAAGGAGUCUCAAAGCGGCUAAAAACCUCCUUUCCCUUCAUCCCCCAAAACAAACACUCUGUGAGGUCAGUGGGGCUGAGAGACUUCAGAGAAGUGUGACUAGCCCAAGGUCACCCAGCAGCUGCAUGUGGAGGAGCGGGGAAGAGAACCCAGUUCACCAGACUAUGAGUCCACCGCUCUUAACCACUACACCAAGCUGGGAUUCAUUGUCAAGGGAUUCAUUCUUCUGCCAUAUUGCAGUUUGGUAUACAUGAUCUUUUCAAAGUUUAGCACUUUUAAGUUCCUUUGGUUUGAACGGGAGAGUUAAGAACUUGCUUAUAUCUUCCUUAUUUAAAUCAAUGGGACAUAAAGCUCAACAUGGAUAACAAUCUAAUGUUCACAUGCUAGACAGUUCCUACAUAUUUCCAUGCAGGAUUCCUGAUGUGGUUUAUUAACUCUCUGUGCGCCAACACACUAUCGCUGCUGACCCAGACAAAUUAUUGCGGGGGGGACUUGGGGAAGAUCAGGUUUACAAAUUGACAGGUCAUUAUGUAAAUCCUAAAUAAUAUUUCAUGGAAAUAGUUCCCAUUGAUUUCAAUAGAACAUAAGGCUACAAGCCUACGCAUAUUGACAUGGGAGUAAACCCUUUUGAACUCAGUGGGACUUAGUUUCUAGCAAAUAUGCACAAAACACUAGUCUCUAAUCCACAAGCCUGUACCACAAUAUAUCUAUUAGUCUGCCACAAGAUUCCUUUUUGUUUGUUUGUGCUGUAAUAUGCUAUCACUGGAACAUUGGAAGCUGCCAUACUGAAUCUUAUCUCAUACUGAAUCCUUGUCUGCACAAGGAAGAUCAAACUGUAUGUGAAUGUUUAAAAAAAGGGUCUUUGCACCUAACAUUUUUAGAGCAAAUAGCAUCAGCUGAUGGGGCUUAUAAUUAUGAGAAUCUCAAGAUGGCAUGGAGGAGGAAAUUUUACCUUCUCAUCCUCUGUUGUGGUGCUGAGGAAAAUCCCUCACACACUCACUUAUAACUCACUUAGAACAUAUGAGAUGGUUAUGUUGAAAUUCCUAAUAAAAAUAUUUUAAAAAAAAAGAAAAGAAAAUAUGAGAUGGAGCAGUCACACCCAUUGCCUACCUUCAAUUUAUAAAGAGGUUGUUUGGGAGCAUUCAGUUUCUGCAAGAGACAAUGUGAUAGCCUAUGCAGUCCUGCCAAUUUUUGAAUGAGGUGUGGCUGCACGAAUUUAGCAAUUGAUUUUGAAGAGCGGGAGAGAUGACCUAGCCCAUGCCUAACCAUUACCGCAUGAGCGGAAGAGAACACUCUUGCCACAACAGACCUAGACUCCUGCACGGUGCGAUUGCUGUCCUGAAAUAUAAGUCAAUACAAGGAGGGAGAGAAAAAAAUAGUCAAAUUACGGUACUCUGCGGGGGGGGAAAGGCCUAGAAGAGAGAAAGCCGGUUUGAUGCAUCAACUAGCUUCCUGCAAUGUACAAGGGAAUGUGCUCUGCUACUAGCUCACUAGCAUGAGUGAGGAAGGAUAAUAUUUAAUCAAUAUAUUCUCUCCUACUAUCCUCAACAUUCCCACACUGGGCCCUAUUGCUGAUGUAGUAAUAGUUUGCCAUUGGGGACAAUGAAUAUAUGAUGAGAUCUGCAAACAUCUGACCCUGGCAUGCAUUCAUUUAUUAUAUUAAUAUCUCACUUUUAAUCCAAGGAGCUCAAGAUAGCAUAAAUGGAUCUCUCCCCACAACCCUGUGGGCGAGGUUAGGCUGAGAGACAGUGACUGGGCUGUCAUCCAGUGACUUCAUGGCUGAGUGGGAAUUUGAACCCUGUCCCUCCUAGUCCAACAUUCCAGCAAAUGCACCAAGUUGACAUGUAUUUUAGACAAUUAUUCACAGAAACACCAGUAGGGGGGAAAUUAGCAUUACAACCCUUGGGCUCUUUACUAAAGAACAUUGUAUGCCAUAGAUCUUUAGACUGCUUUAGAAACAUUAGUUUAACCUUGCUUACUUGGAUAAAUUAGCCAAAACUCAAUAGAUGCACACACGGGUAUGCUUAUUUUGGGGAUUUAGUAAUAAUUUGGUUUUUAUCAUCAUUGGAUAAAAAUGAUACUAAAAAUAAAUAAAUCUGUGGAGCAGCUUUCUGGAGGUAUGCUAUGCCAAAACUUGUCUCCCCUGAAUAUAUUAAUUAUUUUUCUAACUUUGUGUAUAACUUUGUGUAUAAGUAAAACAUUAAGCUGAAACUUUGCUGAGUUUGUAGCAAAUGCAGUCUUUAACAGACUAUUGUAUAAAUAAACUUAACUUUCAAAUAAUAGUGAAACAGUAUUAGUAUUAGCUCAGAAACAUUACCUGGUUUGAGCUUGUCAGUCUCAGUAAAUUGGGGAAUUCAUCCCUAAUCUCAUCUAUAAUUUCCAAGAAGAGUCUUUGUAUUAUCUGGGCUGAAUUGAAAAACAGUAGUCAAAAAGAAUAAAGCGCCUGUCUUCAAAAUUAUACUUACCGUGUAAGCAUUGUUCAGACAUGAAAUAUUCAGGUUGGAGCAAGUCUGCGGCAUCAGAACGAAGAACUAUGGUUGCUGUCCAGCCAAUUGCUGGCUGAUCUAAAUUAGCAGAAUUCUGUUCUAUGGAGCCUGAAACCAAUAUUGGGAUCUGAAAUGCCAGCCCACUUCACCUCCUGCAUUUAUUAUGACUCGGGAAUAAGCCAGUGAGCCCUGCUGCCUUCUGAAACUUCUGGAUGGCAGAAGUGGAUGGGAAGGAACAGGAACAUAUUCUAUGAGUUUUCUCCAGUAUUUAACCAGGCAUAUGAUGCAGGCACAGCACAGGUGCGUGUGUAUCUCAGGGAUGGGGAACCUUUUCCGGACCGAGGGCCGCCUUCCCUUCUGGCCAACAUUUCAAGGGCCACAUGCUAGUGGUAGGUGGGACCCAAGGCAUUCCCACUAGGCAAAAACAUGUAUGUGUGGAAUAGGGCUAGUAGGGCCAUGGCUGGUGCAGCAGGGGUGUGGCCUGGGGGAAAUUCAACAGGCCAGAGAGGCGUUGAGGACCAUAUUUGGCCCCCAGAAAUGAGGUUCCUUACCCCUGGCUUAUCUGGUAGAAACUGACUUAAAAAAAAUAAUCAAGUACAGAGGUGUAGAGAAGGCAGUGUUCCCAGAAUCCAGGAUUUGAGAACUCAUUUCCAUUCGGGGAUUCAAGACUCAGACACAGAGUAGCUCAUACCUUGUCCAGCAAAUUUGUUGACCAGCUGUCCACAUAUCCAGCCAAUUGGCCUGAAAGACAUCCUGCAUGCCCUGGUGUCUUAUCUACAGCUCCUGAAUUUAGCCUAAUCUGGUCUUAUGCCAUAUAUGUAUGACAAUACGCCAUACGUGUGUGUAUCUCCACCUCCAAGACAAUAAACCUUUAUGAGAACACAAUGUGCCUCUUAAGCACAGUGCCUCCUUGACUCCUGACAUCAUGUGUACACAAGAAAAUAGCCCCCCCCAUCACUGUAGUCUCAACAGCCAGGACUUUCAAAUAUGAUCAUUCCAAAAUAACAUAAGGUAAAACCCGAUGGCUUUCUUUUUACAUCACAGAAACCACAUUAACAAGUACAGUGGUACCUAGGGUUACGUACGCUUCAGGUUACAUACGCUUCAGGUUACACACUCCGCUAACCCAGAAAUAGUGCUUCAGGUUAAGAACUUUGCUUCAGGAUGAGAACAGAAAUCGGGCUUCGGCGGCGCGGCGGCAGCAGGAGGCCCCAUUAGCUAAAGUGGUGCUUCAGGUUAAGUACAGUUUCAGGUUAAGAACAGACCUCCGGAACGAAUUAAGUACUUAACCCAAGGUACCACUGUAUUGUUUUCUUGAGUUUAUUGUCUUUGAUAGACUAGCAUAAAAGCUGAAGAGCAAGGUGGAAAAAAAUGCUCUGGUUUCUGGGUUAUACAGAACCUAACAUUCUUAGAAUUCUGUUUCAGAAUGAAUGAAAAGUUCAAAAGUCCCUCCCUUGACUUUUAAAACAGAGUACAGUGAAUGUUGGAUGGAAUGUGUGUGUUUUACUUUAAGAAAAUUUAGUGGCCUACUAUGCCGUGGGUAUAUUAAUAUUACAAUUUAUUUUUCUGUUUAUCAAUUGUAUGCUUUGGGAUACUGAGAAUGCAGACUUAUGCAUAUCUACUCAGGAAUGUUGGUUAUAUUUAGCUUAAUAGAACUUAGAUGUUUAUAUGUCUGUACUGUUACUGCACAUAACCGCAUGUAUUUUUUCUACACUGACAAAAAAAGAUUGGGUGGAAAGGCACUAAUUAUAUAUUUCAUUCCAAUUCUUGCUAGGACAUAUUCGACAGGCAGUGCCCUCCUCACAUGACUGGUGAAAUAAACUGUUAUUACAGCAUUGCAUGGCAGGUUACCUCCUCCCCCCAGAGGAAAUAAAGACACAUGACACAAAUAUUUAGUUUAAUGGGCUAAAUUUGGCCACAACUUUAUUGGUUACAGGUAAUGAGCGGUAUUGGCUUAGGCAUUGGUCCUAACCGACUAUCUGUCUUAAGCCUGAUCGCUUGAAGUCGGGGAAGGGUUAACCACCAGUAGGGGGAGUCCUGCUGAUGCACAUCAACUAGGAACUCCCCCGGGGUCACCGCACACCGCUGAUCCCCUGUAACCAAGAAAGUUGUGGCCAUAUUUAGCCCAUUAACCUUAAAUAAUUGUGUCAUGUGUCUUUAUUUCCUCUGGUGGAUGGGGACGGGAACUCGCCAUGCAAUCUCAGAAGGGGGGGAGGGUGUCCUUAAGAGUGAACUAGUGCUAAAGUAAUUUUCCAAUGAACUUUCAGGGAGACUUUCCAGGAGUUUGCACUCUUGAGAUUUCCACGUUUUGUGAAAUUUCAGAUAUUUAUUUAUUUGUGUUAUUUGUUACAUUUAUAUGCUUUUUUAAAAAAGAGGAACCUAGUACUCCUAUUAUAGUGGUAUGAAGGAUUUUGUGUGGGGCAUGUUCAGUGUAAUAAUAAUUUUAUUAUUUUUCCCUUCCCAUCUUCCCUCCUUCCUUUGUGUGUUUAGGACAUCAAUGGACAGCCUUGCAUUAUUUGUCCCUGGCACAAGUAUAAAAUAACUCUGGCAACAGGUGAAGGAUUGUAUCAAGCAAUAAAUCCCAGGGAGCCAUCUCCGAAACCCAAAUGGCAGUCAAAAGGAGUAAAACAGAGGACUCACAGAGUUACUGUGGACAGCGGAAAUGUUUAUGUGACUCUUUCAGAUACAGAUGACAAUAUAGAGUCUGAUCAUUAUGCUAACAUACACAAUAGGAUUAUACUGCCUCCUAAGAAAAAAUAGCAUCUUCUGUGCUUCCUAGUAAAUGGCUUUAAAAUAACAGCGAAUGUGAAUGUUAUCCUUGCUGUCUAAAGAGCAUUCAGCUUCUGAGUGAUGAUAUGAAACUGAGCUGCAGUCUCUCUAAAAAGGGAGUUGAUCAGAGAAGUAUUUGCGCCUUUGAGAAGAAUAUAGUAUAGUGUGCUUAUAAUAGAUUAAUUUUGCCAGUAAUCAAAAUGUUAGAAGAUUUAUAUUGAUCCAGCCUUCAGAAGUGUGUCUCGCUUCCAGAAUAUAAAAUGAUGUUUUGAAAGUAUUAUGAUGUACCAAUGUUAUCAAUAUAAUUGGAGAUGUUGUGCUUGUAUGCUAAUAUGAUUUGUUAUUGUUGGG